AUGCCGCGGGGCUUCCUAGUGAAGCGGACCAGGCGCUCGGGCAGCUCGUACCGCGUGCGCCCGGCCGAGCCGCUCCUCCCCGGGCCGGGCCCCCUGGCGGCGCCGGCCUCGCCGCGGGAGCCCCCGGGGUCCCCCCGCCUCGCGGCCGCGCGGGACGGCGCCGAGUGGGGCGCGGGCGGCGGCGGCGACGGCCCCAGCCCCGCGAGGCCGGCGGGCCCCGAGCUGCGCUGCGCCUUCCUGGAGCGCUGCCUGCGCUCGCCCGUCUCUGCCGAGUCCUUCCCCGGCGUCGCCGCCGCCGCCGCCUUCUGCUCCGCGCCGCCCGCGGCCGCCGCCUCCGGGGAGCAGUCGGGGCCGCCGCGGGCGCCCGUCUCCGUCCCGGGGCCCGCGCCCGCCGCGCACGGCCUCCAGCGCCGCGGCAAGGGCGCCCCGGGCUGCGCCCCGCCGCCCGCGGCCGUCAGGAAGCCCAAGGCGGCGAGGAGGCUGAGCUUCGCCGACGAGGUGACCACGUCCCCGGUGCUCGGCCUGAAGAUCAAAGAGGAGGAGCCGGGGGCGCCGGCGCGGGCCCCGGGCGGCGAGCGCACGCCGCUGGGCGAGUUCAUCUGCCAGCUGUGCAAGCAGCGCUACGCCGACCCCUUCGCGCUGGCCCAGCACCGCUGCUCCCGCAUCGUGCGCGUCGAGUACCGCUGCCCCGAGUGCGACAAGGUCUUCAGCUGCCCCGCCAACCUCGCCUCCCACCGUCGCUGGCACAAGCCCCGUCCCGCGGCCCCCGCGCCGCCGCCUCCCCCGGAGCCCUCCCUGGCGGCGGGCAAGGAGAACGGCCGCCGGCCGCGGACCGACGCUCAGCACCCGCAGGCGCGGGACAGCGCCGGCGACGCUCAGCACCCGGACAGCGCCGCGCGGCCGCACGGCCCCUACCCCGAGCUGCUGCUCGGGCGCCGCGGGCCCGGGCCGGGCGGCGCCGACGCGGGGGCCGCCUCCGAGGUCUUCGUGUGCCCGUACUGCCACAAAAAGUUCCGCCGCCAAGCCUAUCUGCGCAAGCACCUGGGCACCCACGAGGCGGGCCCGGGCCGCGCUCCAGCCCCGAGCUUCGGCCCGGAGCGCACGGCCGCGCUCGCCUUCGCGUGCCCGCUGUGCGGGGCCCACUGCCCGUCCGCCGACGUCCGGGAGAAGCACCGGCUGUGGCACGCCGUCCGCGAGGAGCUGCUGCUGCCCGCCUUGGUCGGGGCUCCCCCGGAAGCGGGCCCCGGAGGCGCACCCGACGGCGGCGCUCAGCAGAUUUUCUCGUGCAAGCACUGCCCGUCCACGUUCUUCAGCUCCCCGGGCCUGACCCGGCACAUCAACAAGUGCCACCCCUCAGAAAGCCGGCAGGUGCUGCUGCUGCAGAUGCCGCUGAGGCCCGGCUGCUGAGACCCAGGCCUGGCCUGGAGGAACCAAUGCGGGAACUCCCGAGGGGCUUUCUUCGUCUUGCAGCUUCCUCCCCUUCCCAGGCCGGCCCUCUUACCCCCGCCCCCGUCACGACCCACCCGGGGAGAGGGCA